AUGUGUCGAGUAUGGUGGUAUUCGAUGACUACCUGUACUGGUCAGAUUGGAACCUUCCGAGAAGUAGUUCGCUGUGACAAAUGGACGGGUGCGAAUGAGACAGUACUAAAGAAGACUAUUCAGUUACCUAAUGACCUGCGGAUGAUCCAUCCACUCCGACAACCAGCGUAUCCGAACCCCUGUGGAACGAACAACGGCGGUUGCUCACAUCUUUGCCUCAUUGGUGCAGGCGGUAAUGGUUAUACAUGUGCCUGCCCUGAUCAAUUUGUGCUGCUGGGCGAUAACAAGACAUGUGAACCGAACUGCACCGAUCGGCAGUUCGCCUGUGGUGGUGAUGAUGCGAAAUGCAUCCCGAAAUUGUGGUAUUGCGACGGAGAACCAGAUUGUCGUGACGGUAGUGACGAGCCUGGAAAAGACAUUUGUGGUAUUCGCAUUUGUCCUGUUGGUGAGUUCCAGUGUGCAAAUCACAACUGCACAAGGCCAUUCCAACUUUGCGACGGUAACGAUGAUUGUGGAGACGGCUCUGAUGAACAAGAAUGCGACAAGCCAUGUGAUCCUUGGAUGUUCAAGUGUACUGCUACUGGAAAGUGCAUUCCGAAGCGCUUCACUUGUGAUGGCGAUGACGACUGUGGUGACAGAUCAGAUGAAGCCGAUAGUCUCUGCUUGAGUCCCGACAGGAACUGUACUGCAGAGGAAUUCCGUUGUUCAAACAACAAAUGCAUUGCGAAAGCUUGGCGUUGUGACAACGAUGACGAUUGCGGUGACGGUUCAGAUGAGACCCCCGACUGUGCACAGAUGGACUGCCGUCGUGGAUGGACCCGCUGUGCUAGUUCGUACAGAUGUAUACCAAACUGGGCCUUCUGCAACGGUCAAGAUGACUGCCGGGACAACUCGGACGAAAACAAGGAACGAUGCCCGACUUGUGACGACAUUGGCGAGUUCCGUUGUGCAACCACUGGAAAGUGCAUUCCACGGCGAUGGAUGUGCGACAGCGAGAAUGACUGUGGUGACAACUCUGAUGAAACUGAUUCUAGCUGUGGUGGAACCAGUAGGCCAUGCUCGGAAAGCGAAUUCAGAUGUAAUGAUGGAAAGUGUAUACCGGGCAGUAAGGUGUGCGACGGCACUGUACAGUGCAGCGAUGGUCUGGACGAGUCGCAAUGUACCCUACGAAAGUGCGCUGCUGGACAUCGCCAAUGUGAUGACGGUACCUGCAUUGUGGAACAUAAAUGGUGUGAUCGACGAAAGGACUGCCCCAAUGCAGCUGAUGAGACGAACUGCUCACAUGUGGAGCGUCGUCCAUGUUCGCCCUUCGAAUUCGAGUGCUCCAACUCAGUCUGUAUUCCGCGCAAGUUCAUGUGCGACGGGGAUAACGACUGCGGUGACAACUCGGACGAAACAUCAUCAGAGUGCCGCUCCGCCCAAUGCGAUCCUCCGCUACGAUUCCGAUGUGCUCAUUCGCGACUUUGUCUCAACAUUCUGCAGCUCUGCAAUGGCUUCAAUGAUUGUGGUCCCAAUGACUAUUCUGAUGAGCAUCUUUCGAUGUGUUCAAGCUUCUCCGAAUAUGGGGACUGUAAUCUGGAUCAGUUCAAGUGUGCUAAUGGACGUUGCAUCAAUGGCUCACUGCCUUGCGAUCGUAACGACGACUGUGGUGACGCGUCAGAUGAAAUCGGAUGCGCCAAGAAGAACGGCAAGACCUGUGAGUCGCAUAAUGACAACGGCGGUUGCAAGCAUCUUUGUACAGACGUUCGAGACGGCUACUACUGUCACUGCCGCGACGGUUUCAAGCCAGAUCCAACAAAUCCGUUCGACUGUGUCGACAUCGACGAGUGCGCCGGUAAUAACACAUGCACGCAGAUGUGCCUCAACACUAAAGGAUCAUAUCUGUGCCGAUGUCACGAAGACUACGAGAACAACGUCGUCGUGGGUGCAAUGACGGGCAAAGAUUGCAGGGCAAAGGGUGAUCCUGCUAACAUAAUCGUUGCCGCUGAUGAUGAGCUCGUCCAAGUCGCUUUACAUGGUGCACGAGUCAAUCGUCAUGCUGCUGCUCAAGCUGAGCAAGACGACAACGAUAUCAUUGCUAUCGACUUCGAUGCCCGACGUGCACUUCAGUUCUGGCUUGAUGGUGGCAGCUCAACGUGGCUUGAUGGUGGCAGCAACUUCAUAUUCAGAGCCUCAGAACCAAACGGCAAUCAGUCACAUGCCGGCCAGAAGCUCGACCUCGAUUUCGCCUCAAUAGGCGUCACGCCAACGAGCUUGGCCGUAGACUAUUUGACUGGAAACCUCUUCAUUACAACGGUGUCAAAUGAGGAAUCGGUCAAUGCAUUCCCAGGAUCACGCAAGAAGCGAAUGAGUGAAGCGAUCCACAACACCAACACUGGUGGCAUCUAUGUUUCCUUGUCCGAUGGACGAUACUUGAAGAAGAUCAUUGGCGGUCAUCUCCAAAUGCCGUCCGCCAUUGUGACCUUGCCGUCACUGGGACGAAUUUGCUAUGCUGACGCUGGUCUUCAUGCCAAGAUCGAAUGUGCCGAUAUGGAUGGAACUCAUAGAGAGGUCAGCUUAUAA